AUGUUAAUUGAAGUUGAACAUUGGUCUGGUGCUGGAAAUCGUUUUGUUAUUGUUGAUAAUAGAAAAAAAGAAAUAAAUAAUCAAUGGAAUAUAUUAGUCAGUUAUUUAUGUAAACGAAAUAAUUUACCUAAUGCUGAAGGUCUUCUUGUUUUACUUGAAAUCGAUAAAAAUAAAUCAAUUUGUAUUUAUGAUUUUUAUAAUCCAGAUGGUUCAACAGGAGUCAUGUGUGGAAAUGGAGCAAGAUGUGCUGUACGACAUGCUGCAUUAACAGAAAAUUUUUCUAGUAAUCAAAUAGAAUUAAUAUUAAAUGGUUGUUCAUAUAAAUCAAAACUUCUUGAUAAUGAUCGUGUUGCUUUAGAAUUUCCAUUAUAUAAAGAAUUACGUUUUAUUGAUGAUUGGACAUAUGUUAAUGUUGGUAGUCAUCAUGUUAUUAUUGAUGCUCGUUAUUUAAUUAAAUCAAUUGAUGAUUUUUAUCAAUUUGAUUUAAUUAAAUUUGCCAAUGAAAAUUUAAAUUUAUAUCGAAAUAAAAUUGGAAUUAAUAAUAUUAAUUUAAAUCUUGCUUAUUUUAUUAAUGAUCAAUCGAAUAUUUACUUACGAACAUAUGAAAAUGGAGUUUUUCAUGAAACACAAGCAUGUGGAACAGGUGCUAUUAGUACUGCUAUUGCUUUUUGGAAAAAAAAUAUUAUUAAUAAUAAUAUUAUACAAAUAAUACCAAUAAGUCAAAGAUUCUUAACUGUACAUUUAGAUAUUGAUCAGAAAAAAGAGAAUAUUUUAGGAAUGACUUUAGAAGGUGAUGCCCAACAAGAUGCACCUUCAACUCUAUUUGAUACAACAUCUAUGGCAUAUAUAUAA